AUGGCCGAUACCCCGGGCAUGGCGGCGCUCCAUCCCGAGGAGCUGGAUGAGGCCCUCGAGGUCGACGAGGGAUUUGUUUCGGACGAUGGGUCUACCAUGGAUGAUCAAAUUGCGAGGUACACUUUGUCGCUCUCCUCGAGCGUCGUCGACUACCCGGAAGAGUACGGCCGGCGCUACCACGCCUUCCGGCCCGGGACCUACGCGUUCCCCAACGACGAAGUCGAGUUGACCCGUCUCGACAUGGCACACGCCCUGAUGGUUCGAGCGAUGGGGAACAGGUUGUACCUGGCGCCUCUGGAAAGGGACAAGGUGCACAGGAUCCUCGAUAUCGGGACGGGCACCGGCAUCUGGGCCAUUGAGAUGGGUGACAUUUUCCAGAACGCAGAGGUUAUCGGGAACGACUUGAGCGCCAUCCAGCCCGAGUGGGUCCCCUCGAACGUCAAGUUCGAGAUCGACGACGUCGAGAGCCCCUGGGUCGGGCACAAGAAGUUCGACUACAUUAUGUGCCGGUACAUGGCCUGCUCGAUCGGGGACUGGCCGAGUCUGAUUGAGAGGAUAUACGACCACCUGAACCCCGGCGGGUGGGCCGAGUUCCAGGACAUGGGCACCGAGUACUACUCGGACGACGGGACGUACACGGCGCGGCACGCCACUUACGCCUGGAACCAGACCUUUGUGCGGACACUCCGGGCGGUCGGGCGCGACCCUUGCCCCGGGCCGCAGCUCGAGGGCUGGGUGCGCGCCCACGGCGGCUUCGGCCGCGUGUCGCACCACCGGUUCAAGACGCCCAUCGGGCCCUGGGCCAGGGACGCGCACUUCCGGGGCCAGGGCAUGCUGAACCUGGCGCAGAUCCUCGAGGGCCUCGAGGGCUUCUCGAUGAAGCUGUUCUGCGGCGUGCUGGGGUGGCCCGAGGAGAAGGUGCAUGCGCAUCUGGAAGCCGUGCGGCACGAGCUGAAGUGCGGCGCGUUCCACGCGAUGCUGGAUCUGCAUACUGUCUAUGGGCAAAAGCCGCCCAGGUUGGAUUCACCCGUGGAUGACUGA